UGCCUCAACAUGUGUGGCGGAUAAAUUUGGAUACUCCGGAGGAAGCUCAUCAGAAUCUCUCUUUUGGUGCUGCGGAUCGCUGGUGGGAGCAAACAGAUCUGACCAAGCUGAUACUCGCCUCAAACAAACUGCAGUGUCUUUCAGAGGACGUCAAACUUCUGCCUGCACUCACUGUUCUGGAUGUGCAUGAUAAUCAACUGACAUCACUUCCUUCUGCUUUAGGACAAUUAGAAAAUCUUCAGAAACUUGAUGUUAGCCACAAUAAACUGAAAAGUAUCCCAGAAGAGUUGAUGCAGUUGUCAUGUUUGAAGAGCCUUCUUCUUCAUCACAAUGAGCUGAGUCACUUGCCAGAUGGAUUUGGACAGCUUGCCAGUCUGGAAGAAUUAGAUCUGUCCAACAAUCAUCUCACAGACAUUCCAACAAGUUUUGCUUUGCUCAUUAACUUAGUGCGACUCAAUUUGGCUUCUAAUCAACUCCAGAACCUACCUGCAGAUAUCAGUGCGAUGAAAAGCUUGAGACAACUGGAUUGUAGUAAAAACUACCUGGAAACUGUACCUGCUAAAUUAGCGACUAUGGCGUCUUUGGAACAACUUUAUCUGAGAAAAAAUAAACUACGCUCCUUACCAGAAUUCCCCUCAUGCAUGUUACUGAAGGAAUUACAUGCUGGCGAAAAUCAGAUUGAAAUCCUAAAUGCAGAGAGUCUGAAGCAUCUGAAUUCCCUCUCUGUAUUGGAACUUAGAGACAACAAGUUGAAAUCAGUUCCUGAUGAAAUUACUCUGCUUCAGAAGUUGGAGCGACUUGACCUCGCCAACAAUGAUAUCAGUAGGUUGCCUUACACGUUGGGGAACCUUCCUCAGCUGAAGUUCCUGGCAUUAGAGGGAAAUCCUUUGAGAACCAUUCGAAGAGACCUUCUGCAAAAAGGCACCCAGGAACUUCUGAAAUACCUAAGAAGCAAAAUCCAAGAUGAUGUAACUAGCCCGAAUGGAGAGCCUCCUGUGACAGCCAUGACCCUUCCCAGUGAGUCAAGGAUUAACAUGCACGCCAUAACGUCACUAAAAUUACUGGACUAUAGUGAGAAACAGGCGGCUACCAUUCCUGGUGAGGUGUUCGACGCAGUCGGGAGCAAUCCUGUCACCACCGUCAACUUCAGCAAGAAUCAGCUGAAUGAAAUUCCUCCAAGGAUCGCGGAGCUGAAAGACUCGGUUUGUGAUGUCAACCUUGGCUUCAAUAAAAUCUCAUCUAUUUCCUUGGAGCUCUGCAUGCUCCGUAAACUGACACAUUUGGAUAUCAGAAAUAAUUUUUUGACGUCUUUACCUGAGGAAAUGGAGGCACUGACAAGACUGCAGAUGAUAAAUCUCUCUUUUAAUAGAUUUAAAGUGUUUCCCAGUGUCCUGUACCGCAUCCCAGCGCUGGAGACCAUCCUGCUCAGUAACAACCAGGUGGGGUCCAUAGACCCUCUGCAGCUAAAGAAGAUGGACAAGCUUGGAACCCUGGACCUUCAGAACAAUGACCUCCUCCAGGUGCCGCCAGAACUUGGGAACUGUGAGACUCUGAGGACACUUCUGCUCGAAGGAAAUCCCUUCCGCACGCCCCGGGCAGCCGUUCUGGCAAGAGGAACAGCCGCCGUGCUGGAGUAUCUGCGCAGCCGCAUCCCUGCGUGA